AUGUGCGGCCUGUGGUCUCAGUGGAAGGCUGGAAGAACCGAGCGUUGUUGGGCGGUUGGUGUCCUCUCAGUCUCACUACUUGGUAUUUGGGAUACCGUGUCUUUACUGCCCAUCAAGAUGUCAGAAAACACAGAAAACUUUGCAGUAGAAGAAACUGUAAACAGGCACCUCCAAAAAGAUUUAGAUACAAGAGAAAAUAUGAAAGAAACAUUCAGAGGCAAAGUAAAGGCAAAGCUAAAAAAUGCUAAGACUAAUCUGUGUGAAAAAUCUUUAACUCAACUGCUCACUGAUAAUAAAAGAUAUCAGUGUCCUAAGUUACAGGCCGAAGUCUCAUCUGAUGCAGGUCUUUCCUUUUUCAUUCUGAGUGGUGAAGAAGGCUCAGCUUUGGGCCAGUCUUCAGAACAGGUUGGAUUUUGUUACUCAAACAUGUUUCACUUCUUGAUAAUUAUAAAUAUUUUUUCUCAGGUCCAAGAUGAAAAUAUUAUGGAAGAAGCUAUUUUUCCAGAAUUACUUGAAGUAAAAGCUGCUGAAUAUGAACACAUACAAAAGCAACAGACAGUUAUUUUUGAGCCAAGUAGUUCUCCGGUGGUCAGUCAUCUUAAGCUACCAAAAAAUAUGAUGCCGCGUAUUUUAGAAGAUGAAGGAUUCUAUAUUCAGAGAAAGCCAAAAGUACAUAAAAAGACCUGCAACAAAAUGGAAAAACGCCUGCUUAAAUUGCAAGAGGGAAAGUAUUGGUUUGAAGAAAGUGGAGAAAUAAUGUCAUUGCCUUCACCUGUUAGACAGUCUUGGAAUUUCAAACUAAAUAAAAGCAAGGAAUCUCUAAAUCCAGCACUAAAAACUAUAUAUAGGAAGGCAAUGAAAUCUGAUCUAAAAAGCUCUAUUAAGAACAAAAUGGAAGAUCAAAAGGAAAGAUACCAAUUAGAUUUCAACAUUGUGGGUUUGCAAUUCAGCCAUCAUUCACUCUUCAAUCAAGAGCAAGUAUUAUGUUCUAAGCUGCUUCAACUUUAUGAAUGUUUUCAGGACAGGCAAAAACAGAAUUUAUCUCAGUUGCUUUAUGAGAAGCUUAAAGCACUGGAGUACACUAAACUGUCAAAUGAAAAUACAGAAACAAACCAUCUAAAAUUAUUACAAGAUUUUAAUUGGCAGAUAAGUAACACAAAACACCUCUAUGACUUAGAAAAGAAAAAGGAUUUCUCCUUAUUACAUAAUAUUUUACAAACUUGGAAGCAGAUAAAAUCACUUAGACAACAACAAGGGUUUACAAGUACCCCUGUGAAGAUACAUUUUCAGAGGAUAGAAAUGAAUGCAAAUGAUGAACUAAAACAAAGUAAAACACCACAAAUGUCUAGGAAUGAAAACAAAACUGAAGAAAAAACACUUAAAAAUCCCAAGAACCAGGAGAGUUUCUCACACCUUGAAGAAGCAAAUAUUGAAAGACUAAAGUCAAUUAACUUGAUUCCACAGCUUUCUUUUACUGCAGAAUUGACAAACAUAUCCAAUUGUUCACAGCAUGAACAAAAAAGGAGAGCUAGCAUUCAGAGGCUUAAAUAUUUUAUUAAAAUAUUAUAUAAUGAUAAGCAAAUUUCUUGUACCUCAGUAUCUCCCCUACAGUUCGAUUUUAAAGUCAUGUUUCAGCAAAUUUUCAAUAUUCAUUUAUUAUAUUGGCCUGAAACAAUUCGCUUGGAGGUUUAUGAAAUAGGUAAAAGGAAAAGCUUACUGGCAAAACUAUAUAUACCUUUACCUAGCAACACAGAAUUGAAAAACGAAACUAUUUUGGAAUAUGUUGAAUUUAGUUCUGAUAAGCUGGUCACACCUGUACAUGGAGGAGUAGGAAGUAAUGUGCCAUUUCUUAUUGAGGGAAGUGAAACAGAAGAACUUUGCCUUUUGACAUCAGGAAAAAUAAGCUAUUCUCUAUCAUGGAAAUCAGAUGAAAAUGGUAUUCCUCUGAUACCUGUAUCACGGUCAUUAAAAUCUGCAGACUGCAGUGUGUUGAGAAAUGUAUAUGCCAGAGGUAUUCGUGGAAUUCCAUGGCUUAUCAAUACAGAUAAAAUUUUUACAUGGGCAAAUGAAGUCAGAAUUGACCCAAAUAACCCAGAAUAUUCAGAUCUAAUGGAAAUUAUUUUGUACAUGAAACAUAAGGGACAAGAAAUUCCAAAAUAUUUUCGACUUGAACAUUUACAAGAUGAAUUUGACUUUAUGUCUGGAGAGGAAAUUAAAAAAAAUAAACGUUUCCAGCUAUUGCAACUUAGAAAUUCUGGUCAGUUAGACAUUUUUCUUCGGCAGGUUCCCCUCUGUGAUAAUGAGAUUCCAGAUUUAAUCUUCCAGGAAUAUGAAAGUCAGACAGAGAAGGAUAAAUCUAUUUCAGAUGCAAAUUCUAUUAUAGAACAAAGGAUUAAUUCUGCCAAUUUUCUAAAAAAGAUGAGAAGGCUGAUAAUGAAGAAAAUUAUCAAAGUUAGCAAAUUUAAGCUCUCAGACAUUGUAACUGAUUACGAAGAAAUUGUAUCUGCCAGUCAGUUGACACAUGCUGUUUAUAAGCUUGUUGAACAACGAAGAAAGUUAAAGCCUCAGAGAAAAGAAAGGAAGAAAGUGGGAGCACAGGCUCUCUGUGAUGGAGAUGUUAAGAUUCUUGUCAGAAUAUUGAGGGCUUAUAAUAUUCCUGCUAGGAAAAAAGCCAUAAAUAGAACCCUGGAUAUGCCCACUUACUCUGUAUCAUCCAGACCUUGCCUCAGACAUAAAGAAGCAAUAAAAUCAGUAGUUUCAGAUGACAUGAUACGCCCUUUUGUAGAAGUUUCCUUUCAACAUACAGUUUAUGAAACCAGUACUGCAAGUGGAUCUCAUCCAUGCUGGAAUGAAGAAAUUAAAGCAAAUUUUAUCUCCCCUGGACAUGAUUAUAGUUUCUCAAGCUUAUCUAAAAUAAAGGAUAAUAUAUAUAUCAACAUUUUUGAUGAAAUGACUAUUGAAAAUCAUGAGGAUAGCUGUCUUAAGAACUGCAAUCAUCAUUCUUAUGUAAGAAAGAAUUGGCUUGGAUCUAUUGUCUUCCCCUUCUCGGCUCUUCUGCAACAACCUGAGAUUAAUGGAACAUUUCAAGUAAAUAUUCCACCAGUUUUACUUGGAUAUGCUUGGAGUAAAACUUCUGUGUCUCCUAAAGAUUAUAAUGGGCAGGACUUAAAAGAAUCUACCUUUUUAAAUAUUUUUGCUACCAUUGAACCUCAAAUAUCCUAUAUGACCUGUAAUCCAGAACUAGACAAGUUUUCAGAUCAAAUAGAUAUUUUACAGAGAGCAUGGAUCUUUAAAAAAAGCUGCAAAGCAGCAUUUCCUAACCGAAGAAUUGUAACUACCGUCUUUAAUGAGGAAGGGAUACAGAUCUUAAUAACAAGAUAUAUCAAGGCAUUAAACCCACCUCAGCAACUUCUGGAUAUAUUUCUUCGUGAUUCUAGUACAACACUUGACCUCAUUGCUCGAUUUGUAUCUUUGAUUCCUGUUAUGCCUGACACACUUGAUGAAAAUGAUGGUUUUGAUAUUUGGAUGACCUCUGAGCGCUGCAUCUGUUUGACUAUUGGAAAUAAGGAAGAGCAUGCCAUACUUCUCUGUAAUUUCUUUCUGUAUUUUGGGAAAAAGGCUUGGGUUCUUCUAGGAACUUCAGUAUUGGAAGGACAUGUAGCUUAUGUAUUAACUCAAGAAACAGAUGAAUUCUUGCUUUGGAAUCCUUUAACUGGACGAUGCUAUAAGCAGUGUGACCCAUUUUGCCCCUUGCAAAGUGUAGACUGCUUGUUUGAUGGUGGGAAUAUCUGGUUUAAUGUCCAGCAGAAUAACACACUAACAGCUGUACAUUUUGACUGUUCAAAGGAAAGAUUCUGGAAACAAUUGCUUACAAAAAAUUUUCAAGAAAUAAAAGCCCAAAGUAUACAGCCCGAAGAAAUAAUUUAUUUUAAUACUGAUAAAAGCAUGGUGGAAGACCUAAAGAACAGAAUUGAAAGGACUCUGAAGUGUAAAAUGAUGGAAUGGCGAUCUAAAUGGCCAACACGUUGGAAUCGACAGUGUACUUUCAUUUUGCGACAAAUCCUUCCCAAACUAGAACUUGCCACUAAAAGUUUUAUUUCAUCUAAAGAAGAAAAUGAACUGGAAAAGCUACUACAAUUUUACUGGGUUGUAGGAUUUCCUAUCCAGAUGCCAUACACUGAUAUCCAAUCAGUCGUUGAUGCUGUAUAUCAAACUGGAAUGCACUCUUCUGAAUUUCCCCAGAUGGAAUUUGCUCUUGCAGUAUAUAUUCAUCCAUAUCCAAGCAACAUAUUAUCUGUGUGGGUCUAUUUGGCUUCCUUAAUUCGCUAUCAGUAA